ACAGCCAGCAUUUAUUAUCUCUUCGUUAUUAAAAUCGUUUUCCUAAACCUAAAAAUAUGGCAACUACAGUAGUCAUUGCGGCCCCAGCGAGCGGUCACCCAGGAGAUGCAUUUAAAGAAGAAUUCAAAAAGAUCGGGAUAAGCGAACUUACAUUCGGAGGAUGCGCCAUUGUUUUUGAAAUCAUAUCGCUGGCAAUUUGGAUCAGUACUUACCUGCUUUAUACAUCAGCUCCUGGGAUCUACUGUGGAAUAUGGUUCUGUGUGUGCGGAGGACUUGCCAUAGGAUCAUACAAGCAAGCUAAUCAAUGCAAUGUUGUUGGAGGAAUGGUGUUGGCAAUUCUCUCUCUCUUCGGUUGUCUUGGAAUGAUUUAUUACGAAUCUUUUAUGAUCUAUUUUGUGACAGCUCUUACACGGGGAUUCCAUUACCUAGUCAUCAUGCAUAUACUACUGGACAUAUGUGCAAUUGGAAUGUUCGUCUCUGCAUGCAUUCACAUCAGCAUCUGUGCAAAGGCAUCUCGUGGUGGCUAGAUUAUUCGGAAACGGAGUAGAAAUUGGCUAAACUUUUGAGACAAAAAAUUGCUUUUGGUAUAUUUGUUAUAUUCUAUAUAGAGUCAUGUAGAGAUUUGAAAAUGCAGAAAUCGUUAUAACUUCAUGAUAAUUAGUUUUAAGAGUGUAAAAUUUUAAAAUAAGUAUUCAUUUUCUUUCGUGAUUUUUCUAUUUAUCAACAAUUCUUCAAAUGAAAAUGUUUUUAUUACAAACCCUAUAUCGACUAUAAUUGAUUUAAAGGGAUUCACUGCCGGAUUUUGGCGGACAAAAAAAACAAGAUGGCGGCGAUUCAAAAUUUUCGUAUGAACCAAUUCGAAAAAUGUACUAUUCUAUUCAAAAUGCCCAUCCCUACCCAUAGCCCUCGAAUUUCAAUUGUGGCGGGAUUUAUGAUAAUGACUCUAAUUAAAAAUUAUAUAUAUUUGCCCGAUGUCAUAUUUUCUGUUGUGUAGAGUUCCCCACACGAUUGUUAAAAUACGAUAUCAUACACACGUGUUCACUUCAUUCCCAAUAUAUGAUGUUAAAUGUUUUUCUGUAUCAUUCAAUCUACUGCUUCUUUGCAUAAAUUUACUUUAAACGUAUAAUAAUAAGCUAUAAACAAAAUAUAUAAUUUGUAAAAAAAUUGUAAUAAAAUCAUACUUAAUUUAUACUUGCAAACAAGUUAUAGUGGGUGAUUCAAGAGUCUUUUGCUUCCAGCAAACUUGUUAUAAAAGUUGUUCAUUAAACUUUCACAAAUUGUACUUUGUAGCGUUUAAUUGGACGGAAGUCAAUUGUAAAAUGCUUGUCUGAAGAAGGUAUGCAUUAACUGUACAAAUAACUUUACAAGAAUCAAAAAGCUAUAAUUAAACUCUUUUAUUACGCUUUCUCAAAUUUUUUUGCAACGUUCCGUCAGUUAAGUCAGAAUUUCGCAGACAAGUACUUUACAACAAUCCGGCGAAAGAAUGAUGAUACCCGAUUGGCUCUUGUACCACACUUUUAUAAAUUUUAUUCUGUAACGUUUCGUCUGACUAAACGCAAAUUUUCUCAUGCAAGCAGUCCAAUUAUCAGUAUUGUUCAUAUGACAUAUUUUUCUGCACCAUCUCAUUUCAUGGGAAGCCCCUUCCCCAUGGGAAAAACUGGGUAUUUCCAUGGGCACCCAUUCUCAUGGACAACCUUGCCGGUGUUCCACCACGAAAUAAAUAAAUAAAUACAUGUUACUAUGAAAAAAAGGGUAAAAUAAAUUUUAAAGGCAAAAAGUAUGAAGAUUAAAGUUAGCUCUCGAGUAGUCUAGUUGCUAUGACAUGGCUACUGCCCCAUUCCUUGGGAAUCUCAUUCUGACGGACAAGCCUGCUCAUUGACCACACAUGCUUUAACUACUACAAUUAUAUUGGAUCUACUCUCUUGGAGAGCCUUAUUUUCAGCCGGUCUCUCUAUCUGUUUAAACGGCUUGGCCUAUUUGAUUGAAAUUUCACACGUGGGUUAUGCUGUCACCCUAGCAAUGUGCAUUUUACCUAAAGUUUGGGUUGAUAUUUCGUUUCAAUGACAACAGCAAAAAAACAUGCCGAUCGUUAAAAAUUUUCUAUUUUUUCAAAAUUUUCCGUUAUUUAUUCUCAUGGACAAGCUUGCCCAUUAGACACAUAUGCUACAACCAUCUUCCUUAUAUAUAAUAUGAUUUACUUUUGUUCAUAUUUAGUCAGAACUGUAUAAAAUGACGGGGUUUACUUUUAUUUCGAUUUUAUUUUCUAUUGAAAUUUCUUCAACGUCUUCCGUAGAUGUACUGAUAUCCAUUUUUCGCUGAUACCAAUACAAAUAUCUUUAGCUCUUAUAGCUCUCUCCCCUAGUGUGUGUAUCAGGUCAGGGUUAGGCCAUAAUUCUAUUCCGAUUUUCCUUCUUUUAGUUUAAUUACGAGUUCGAGGACUGUCUGUGUUAGCCAAGUGAAUAUACCCCCUGCCCAUAGGUUUCAGUCCCUUUACACAACUUGAUGUGAAGUAGGCGAACAAAAUUAGCUACCUCUAUAUUAGUACACACACUACUGGAGCGCCCUUAUAUUAUACUUAUAUAUAUUAUGUGCAUUCAAAUUUAUAGGCUGAAGUAAUUUCAUCCACAAAGACAUAUUCAAUUGAAACUAUGAAAUUUAGAUAAGGGGUGAAACUUUGGCGAUAUGAAAAUGAUACCCAAAUGGGUACUUAACAAUUAACCAGUCCUUACUGUUGACUUUAUUUGCUUCGUUCAAAUUGUAUUGGUUAUUCUAAUCAAAUAAUCUGAAAGUCCUAACCCAAUAUUGAGCCCCGUAUGAAAAAACUACUGUAAAAUUCAUUUCAUUUUUGUAAAUGCAACAUGGUUUUGAAGAACUAUUCGUUGUAUACUAGUUUUAUAUAGUUUGUUUUGAUUUGAAUGUGUUAGAUAAAGUUGAAAUAUAUAAAAUAAAAUCCAAGAAGUCUGUGAAUAACUGUGUUUCGUGGCAGAAUAACUAGAUAGAAAUCGUAACUAGAGCAACCCGCCAUACACGACUCCAUAGCACCACCUUGUGUAUGUCGACGCAAGGAUGGUUUCUUUUGAGAGGAAAUCUUGAGCGCAAACAACAAAUUUUGAGGGAUUUUUUGGAUUUGCAAUAUACCAAUCAAAAUAACACUAUAGAUAGGACCGGAAUGAUAAACAGCGGGACAUUCGACAUAAAAGGUUGAGACCCACUUGCUUACAUAUUUGUUGCUGCUUGCUUGCAGUCUCGUUCGGGAAUAAGUGUUAAAGACAUUCCAUUAAAAUACUUAGCUGCCCGUAGUCUUAGACUAAAAUAGCUGCAAAUUGCAAACUAAAAUUUUGUUUUGAUGAUUAUAUUACGUCACAAAUAUUAACGUCAUCAAAAUGUUCUUCUUUUCAGUAAUAAGCGUUUAAAAAAUAAAAUUACGCACAGAAAUAAAAAAGCCAAUAUUAGUUAAUGAAUACAAUUUAAACUAAAGACGAUGCCAUCAUAACACGACGUCACUAGUGACGUAGAGCUCAUUGCUACGCUUUUCUGUGCGUCUCUUACUUAAAAGUUUAGACGGAGAUACAACAAUGUAGUUUUUACGCUUGUUUGGUUGUUCUUUUUCCACUUUAAGUUUUUCUUCUCGAGACAAAUUAGCGUUGCCAGUUUUUGUGUUUUGUCUCUUGCUUUUAGGUUUGACAGCGGUAUAUUUGUCAAUAAAUUUGGUCUCUUCGGA